AUGUCGCUCCCUACCGUAGAGAUCCCCAUCAGCGUCGAUCCCAGAUCCUCCAGUGGCAGCGCCGGCAGCCGCGCAGAACACCCAUCCCACAGGCCUGCGUCGAUUCCCGACUUUGCGCUUGACGUGGACGAGUCCGCGCCCGUUUCGUCGCUUGACUUGCCAUCGACCACCGGGGGUCCCGAGCACGUCCGUCGACGCUCAGAGCUCUCACAUGUGCAGGCUCCGCCUGCUCCUGCAGAUUCUAUAGAGCUCGCAACGCUGGCUCCCAGAGCGAAAUAUCGGCUUAACAGCCGGGUCCAGUUCGCGGCACUGUGCUACUCGUCCUUCCUGCAGGGCUGGAAUGACGGGUCUACAGGCCCUCUGCUCCCGCGCAUUCAGCGCAACUAUGGGAUUGGGUUCGCGAUUGUCUCGCUGCUUUUCGUAACCAACUGCGUGGGAUUCCUGAGUGGCGGCAUCAUCAACGUCCAUUUGAACCAUAAGUUUGGAUUCGGGAAGGUAUCUAGGACAGGCGCUCUUCUGCAGCUCGUCGGGUACGUGAUGAUGGCGCCGGGCGGCCCCUUUGGCGUCAUGUGCGCCGCAUUCGUCUUUACGGGCUUCGGCAUCGCGUUGCAGAACGCGCAGGCGAACGGCUUCGUGGGUAGUCUCAAGGAGCAUGCCCGUGUCAAAUUUGGGUUUCUGCACGCGUCCUAUGGUCUCGGCGCCCUCGUUGCGCCGCUGGUCGCGACAUACUUCUCUGCAACCUCGCACUGGUCGUUCCAUUACAUCAUCUCGGCCUCCAUUGCCGUGUCUAACAUCCUGCUUCUGGUUGCUGUCUUCCGCUUCAGGAACCAGGACGACGUCAUGGCCGAUGCGGGCCAACCGGCCGAGGAGGAGGGCGCGAAGGAGAGGCUGUAUCACCAGAUCAUGCGUCUGAAGGAGGUGCACUAUUUGGCGACGUUCGCGCUGAUAUAUGUCGGCACGGAGGUGUCCAUUGGCGGUUGGAUCGUCACGUUCAUUGAGCAGAAACGUGGUGGGACCGCGAGCGCCGGGUAUAUUUCCUCCGGCUUUUUUGCCGGUCUCAUGCUUGGCCGAAUCACAUUGAUGUGGCUGAACCGGAAGAUUGGCGAACGUUGGGUCAUCAUACUUUAUUCCCUCAUCGUGAUCGUGUACGCCUCACUCGAAGUCACCAUCUGGGUCGUGCCAUCGCUACUGGAAAACGCAGUCGCCGUCUCGUUCGUCGGACUCCUGAUGGGCCCCAUCUACCCGAUCCUGAUGAACCACUCCACCACGAUCCUGCCAAAGUGGCUGCUCACCGGCUGCUUGGGCUACAUCGGCGGCAUCGGCCAGGCCGGCUCGGCUGUGCUGCCGUUCAUAACUGGUCUGCUCUCGUCUCGGUUUGGCAUCGUGUCUUUGCAGCCCUUCAUCAUCUCUAUGGUGUCGACCAUGAUUGUUAUUUGGGCUAUCGUUCCGAAGGUUCGCCGAAUUGAAUGA